CCAUGUUGUUUUCUGUCACUAACACAAACGCAGAAAUUACGGCACAGCAUUUGGAUUUAAAUUUUGUGUUGCUGCCAGGAAAAUCACAUUUUCAGCCCGAUCAACUGCAGAAAUUAUCAAAAUAAAUAUAUAGAGUUGAGCCAAAACCAACCCAUCUGUCUUUGUGCAUUGGUGGUCGAGAAUAAGUUGCGUUUUGUAUGGUUUUCGUGUGAUGGUCUUUUGUUAAACUUGCGUUUAUUAAUGUGUUAUGAGAAUAGUUUGGAACAUCAGCAUUAAAACUGGAUGAUUUAAUAUAUUGAUUGCGGAUAAGUAACAACUGAAGAUAGUUUGGUUAAAGUGAAUAUCCCAUAGGAAAUACAAAAAUCCAAGAAUCCACGAAACUCCGUUUUAUCACUAUCGAGGACCAAGGAAAACUGAUGUACAUCUGAAGAGUCUACAAUCAUCAAGGCGGAUCACCAUCAGUGAGGAACCUCGGAUAGCCAGACAGUGAACUAACUGUCUGUACUAAAAAAGAAAUAAAUAGCUAAUCAAAUCAAUUGAUUGAUCAAGAUGAGUGUGAUUAUUCGGUUACAAAAUUUGCCGUGGACGGCAAAUGCGCGCGACAUUCGAAACUUCUUCUCGGGCCUCUCAAUUCCCGAGGGCGGUGUCCACAUUAUCGGCGGCGAGAUGGGCGACGCUUUCAUCGCUUUCAGUACCGACGAGGAUGCCCGUUGCGCCAUGUUAAAGGAUCGCGAGAAGCUGAUGGAAGUCCAGGUGCGCCUGCUGCUCUCCUCGCGGGCCGAGAUGCAGAAGGUCAUUGAGACCGCACGGAAGGGAUCCACCGCUGCAGCGCCCAUAUCCGUUCCCGUGCCCAUGCCAGUGGCAGCCCCCAUUGCGGUGGCCAAGCCAAGUCCAGCUGCUCCCAUGCCGCCAAUCAUUGGGGGUCUGAACAGUUUCCUGGGUCAGGGCAAGUUGGCCCAACCAGCAGCUGGUGGUGUGCCCUCCUUUCUGGCCUACCAACAGCAGGCUGGAAUCACACUCUCCGAUGUCACGGGUCGCAGUCGCAGUCGUUCUUCCAGUUCCGAUGACAGCGACAGGGAGCGUGAGAGGGAGCGGGAGCGGGAUCGAGGUCGCAAACGGCGCUCCGAUCGGAACAGCCAGGAGCGGGAGGUGAAGAUGGUGGCCAGCGGAGGAGGUCCGACAAUAUCUCCCUGGGCCCAGCCAGCUCAGCAAAGUCAGCUGCCUGGUGUGGGAUUGGAUCUCAACAUGGGCCUCAGCCUGAACAUACCAGCGGUUGUGCCUUCGCUGCAGAGCUACACCACCAGUAGCACCACCAACAACGUGACGAACAACUACAACCUCGCUCCGAGUGCUCCUAGUGCUCAAAAUGCCCAGCUACUGGCCGCCUUGCAACAGGUGGUCAGUGGCGCUGCAGCCUCUAAGGGGCAGCAGCCAGCCAAAUCCGAUGGCGAACCCAUUGCCUUCGCCAACGUGAAUCCCUAUGCGCAGAUGUACCCGCAGCUCUUCCAGCAGCAGCAGAUGUUACUCCAACAGCAACAGACGCCGGCCAAGGUGUCGCCCUCCAUGGGCAGCUCUCCGGGCGGCGGGAGCACUCCGCAGCUGAUCGCGGACACAUGCUACAUUCGGAUCAGUGGCAUGUGCCCGAGCACCUCGUACAGCGACAUCCGAAAGUACUUCCAGGGCUUGUACAUUCCGCACAACGGCAUCAAGAUCAUGACCUCGAACGGCACCCGCACCGGAGUGGCCUACGUGGAGUUCUCUCGGGUCUCCAGUGCCCAGAAAGCUGUGCAGCGGAACAACACAAUGUUCCGCGAUCGCCUGAUUCAAAUUGCUCCCGUGGGCGAUGAGGAGUUCGAGCGGGCCGAGGAGCGUGCACAACGCCAGCAGAACGAGGGCGGCAGAAACCACAAUGGCGGCGAGAAAAGCGAACGAGGAGCAGCUGGAGGCGGCAUGCCCAUGCCCAUACCCGUUACCAAUGUUCUGUACGUUGAGGAUUUGCCGCAGCUCACCACCGAACAGGAGGUGAUGAAGAUGUUCUCCGCCAGCUACACGGUGGUGGACAUCCUUUUGAGCCCCAGCCCCAACAAUCGUCGCGAGUGCGUGGCCUUUGUCCUCUUUGCCAGAGAAUCGGAGGCGGAGUCGGCGCUGCAGGAUACCGCCAAGCACUACAUCGGAUUCCGCCAGCUAAGGGUGCGCCCCAGCAGUCAGGCGGAGAUGCAGAACGCCAAGGAGAAGCAGCGCCGGGCCAAUGAACAGCUGCUCAAGGAGGAAGCUGACCAAAGGGAGGAGCUCCUAAAGGAUCAGGAACGAAGACAAAAACAACAGGAACAGGAGAACAAUCAGUCCAAAAGGUUUGCUGCCGAUCCCAGAAGACGCCAGGCGGAGGAGCAGCAGCAGCAGCAGCAGCAACAACAGCAACAGGCGCUGCAACACAUGCACAUGAGUCCCAAUAUUAAUCAGAACAUGAAUCCCAACAUGAUGGCACCAUUUGUAAACGGUGGCCACAUGCCCUUCAACAUGCCACCCCAGCUGCAAAACGGAGGCAACAACUUCCCCUUCAACAUGAACAACAUGAACAUGAACAUGAACAACAACGGAAAUGCGAAUGGCAAUAACCCCAACUUUCCCAAUGAUAUCAGUGGCAUCCAGCGUCCCCGGCAGGAGGAUGUCUUCGUGCGGGUCCACAACUGCGAGUACGCCACCAGGGUCCACGAUCUGGGUGAGCUCUUCUCGCUCGAACAACUGCGCAUAGAGCACAUCGAACAGCUUUUUAAUGAACGAAACCAAAGUUCCGGCGAGUUUAUUGUUGAGUUUUCUGAUCCCGCCAGUUGCAAACAGGCAGUCAGGGAGUUCCACAAUCGCCGCUUUCGUGGAAGGGGAUUGCGUGUGGUUACCAUCACACCGCAGGAGAUCGCUGAUAGGAUGAACAAACCCUUCAUGGAUUAUCUGCCGGGAGGAAAUGGUCCGCGAAAAACGGAAAGUAACAAUGCGGCUGAAGGCGGUAGUGGAAAUACGAACAUUGGAAGACCGGAGGGAAAUCAAGGACAACAGCAAUCGCGGCGUCGUGGUCCGAGUCGGUUCGAUGACAUCAGCAAUCGCAACAAUCCGCCUCAGGAUCAGCCACCUGAACAACAGCAGGUGCGACAGCAUUCUCUGGAAAAGGAGGAGAAUAGUUCUGGUAGUUCAUCCGCUCCCGUCAAAGCGCACUUCAAUCCCUUCGCUCGACCGGAUCCUCCACUGAGCAGCAGCUCCCUAUCGCCCAGCCAAAUCAAGCAAGCCUCCCCAGUUCCUGUUGCCACAUCCCUCAUUCCGGACAAGUUCAAUCGCCCGGGAUGCGUGGUGGCCAUGCGAAAUGUGCCGUUUAAGGCUGAACUCAAGGAUAUCCUGCGAUUCUUUAGUGACUUUAAACUGAGUCCGGAUGAUAUUAUUCGGCGUUUCAAUGAUGAAGGAAAACCCACCGGAGAUACUCGGGUGGCUUUUGAAUCCCCUGCGGAGGCGCGAUCCGCGUUCGAAUCGCGCCGCAGAAAGCAGAUAUUUAAUCGCACUGUUCAUCUGGAUAUUAUUUAGGCUAAUAACCCCUGACUGUUCGACCAUCGCUAGCGUACACUGUAAAUAGGUAAUAUUAAGACCAACACCAAACUUACUAAGUAAUUAAGACGUGGACAGUUAAGGGCUUUCUGGCCUCGAAGCUGCUUCACUUUGAUUGUGCAGAAUAUUUUUGAAUAAUGUAAUUAAAUUAUUUAAAACAAAGAAACAGUCCUUGUAAGGAUUGUGUAGGAGGUUCGAUUUAUAUAUGUAAAUUUUUUUUUAAUGUUUUAAAACAAAGGUUUUCGUAGGAUUUAUUUAAUGUAUUUUAAUGAUCUUAUUUAAGGCACAUGUCUCCUCAGAUAAUAUGAUGAGCAUAACAAAAUAAAAUUUGUUUAAAACGACCAAAUUUAACUUUAAACUUACAAUUAGUUUACUUCACAAACAAAUAAAGUUAACUGAUAU